AUGAUUCGUGUACGGACGCCCACCGCCGAAUCCACGCAAGCUUUCGCGGCGAAGCUCGCCGUACACCUCCGAGACUACGGCCCUCCGUCGUUAGUGAUUGGUCUUGGCGGUGACCUUGGGGCGGGAAAGACGACGUUUACCCAGGGCUUCGUCGCCGGACUCGCACCCGACGACGACAUCUACGUCACCUCGCCCACCUUCGCGAUCGCCCAGAUCUACGAAACGAUUCCACCCGUUCGCCACUUGGACCUGUAUCGAUUGGCAGACCUCGAUGAGUUGGAGGCGAUCGGCUAUCGCGAUCUCUACUUCGCGCCGGGUUUCGCACUGGUGGAGUGGUUCGACCGAGUGACGGAGGCUCUGCCUCGUGAUUGGAUGGAGAUUGACCUUGCCGUGGGACCAUCGGACGUGCGCGAAAUCGCGCUCCGCGCCCACGGGGAGGCGCAACGCGCCCUGCGCAACUUCUCGUACGACUGA